GUCAGGGCUAAGGACUCUGAACAAAGGUCUCGGGUGGGGCUCCUCAGAACUUCCGGGGCCGGCCCACUGCCUCUCCCCAAGGCCCGUCCCCUGCCUCUGGCCCUGCAGACGUACCUUCUCUCACCACCAUGGAGGUCGACCUGUCGGCAGCCCUGAAGUCCACCUCCAAGAAGCCCCAGGGGGCAGGCCAGGUGGGAGACCCCAAUCACGCCCCCGCCAAAGUUCAGGGAGCUGAUAACCUGAAGCAUCACCACGGCCACGGCCACGAGCACGGAACCUCCUCAGAUUCCAGCUGCAGCUCCAACGACUCAGAAAAUGAGGCGAAGCCCGGCGCUGCCGGCUCCGAGCAGCACAAAAGCGCCCCGGGCAAGGUCAAGAAGCCCAAGGUGAAAAAGGAGAAGAAGAAGGAGGAGAAGAAGGAGGAGAAGAAGGAGGGCAAGAAGAAGGAGGGGAAGAAGAAGGAGGCUUCCCACUAACGGGCCUGGUCGGGGCUCAUUAAACCUUCUCUCGGUC